AUGUCAGGACGUGGUAAAGGUGGAAAAGGAGGAAAGUCAGGUGCAAAGCGAUUUAAAAAGAUCCUGAUCGAUAACAUUCAGGGGAUCACAAAGCCUGCAAUUAGGAGACUGUGUCGUAGAGGAGGUGUGAGAAGGAUCUCAGGCAAAAUUUAUGAGGAGACAAGAUGUGUCCUCAGGAUCUUUAUUGAGAGAACUAUAAGAGAUUGCAUUUCCUAUUGUGAACACGCUAAAAGAAAAACUGUGAUUGCUAUGGAUGUGGUCUAUGCCUUGAAGAGACAAGGGAGAACAAUAUAUGGAUUUGGUGGAUGA